AUGACUGUAGAUUAUUUGAAUGAUAAGGUCGAGCAACAUUUUAUUGACAUUAAAAACAGCAUAAAAUGGGGUGAAGAUGAUUCGUCUGAUGAAAUUCGUGAUACGAUUACGAUAUUAUUAUCAACUAACGAAAAUUUGGAUCGUCAAGAAUGUGAAUCUUUUCUUAUGACAUACAAAGAAAAAAUAAAAGAAAUGGCAAUGAUGAAAACGAACGACGAUCAGAAGUUAUUUUUAAAUCAGAAUUCGGGGUUAAUUUCACCAACUGCUGUCAAGUGUAUACGGGCAUUUGGCAUUAUGAUAGAUUUGCGUGGAAAAUUCGUCCUCGUCGAACAUGUAGCACGUGUGGUACAAUUAUUAGAAAAUAUUGUAGAAUUAGGGGAAAAUGAAAAAAAUACAAUGAAAUGUAUCGAAGAAUUCUUCAAAAAAAUGAGAGAUGAUAAAUCAUUUCAAGAUGAAUUUCAAUCAAAAGUUGAAGGUUCCUAUUUAUGGUAUGAUGCACAAGCACGACAAUAUGACAACGAUGAUCACAAUCAGGACGAAUUAAAUGCAGAACCUGAACAAAAUUUUAAAAAAAAAUGUGGACGAAAUCCCAGGAGAAGGAAUCCUAGCCUAGGAUCCAAUGAAUUCCCAUCGGUUCCUAUUGGAAUCCGACGGAGCUCUUCGGAAGGCGCAAGGAAACUAUCGGAUUAUCGUCGGAUUCCUGGUUCCGGAAUCGAUAUAGGAUCCUAA